AGGUAGCGGCGGCGGCGGCUAUAGGCCCCAGGAAGGGGUUCGUAUUCACAUAGCAAGGAAAGCAGACGGCCAGGAGCUGGAGCCUCAAGCUCGGCGCGAGCGCGCUCGACGAUUGAUUCUCGAGUAGAGAGCUGCGAGAGCGAGAGCUGGCAGUAGGCGGUCGGAGAGCGAGUCAGCUGCAAUAGAGAAGCGAGCACGACUGAAGGGAAAACGCAGAAAGCGGCGCGCGGUGGGGACCAGUGGAACUCUCGAAAGUCGUCCGAGUGAGUCGGUUGGGCUCGCAGUCGGCUCACUGCACUUUUCGCCAUGGCGUGUUUAGGCUCGAGUCGGCUCUGUGCCCGUGCGGAGAAACUGUGCCAGUUGCGCCGAAACCUCACCACCUCGGCCAGCUUGCGCCGCGAGCUUGACAACCCCCAGGCCGCCCUCUCAACCAGGCUCAUCCAACGCUGCCAGAUGAGCACUGGCAACGAGCACUGCGCCAGCCUGGCUCGGGCGAUGAGCUCGAUGCAGACGCAGCAGCCGGGCUCUCUGGCGGACUACCGAGUGGAGCCCUACCAGCUGCUCGAGGACGACCUGAAGGACGUCUACGAGGACAUCAGACAGGAGCUGGUGGGCAACACAACGAACGACCAAUUGAGGACGAUAGCUACCUACUACUUCAGUGGCCAGGGCAAGGCACUCCGACCCAUGGUCGCGAUACUCAUGGCUAGGGCCGUCAACUACCACAGACAGAGCAACAAUCUCUUGGCGUCGCAGCGGCAGGUGGCGAUGAUUGCCGAGAUGAUCCACAGCGCCUCCCUCAUCCACGACGACGUGAUCGACCAGUCGGACUUUCGCCGAGGGAAGCCGUCCAUCAACGCGCUCUGGAGCCAGAAGAAGGUGACGAUGGCUGGCGACUUCAUUCUCGCUGUUGCCUCAAUGAUGAUUGCUCGUCUCCGAAACGACGAUGUCACUUUAACGCUCAGCCAGGUCGUCACGGACUUGGUUCAGGGCGAGUUUAUGCAGCUGGGCUCCAAGGAGACGGAGAACGAGCGAUUCGCCCAUUAUCUCACCAAAACCUACAGAAAAACCGCCAGCCUGCUGGCCAAUUCGGCGAAAGCGGUUACCAUGCUCGCUGGCGCCGACGAACGCCUAGCAGAGGUAGCUUUCCAAUACGGACGAAACAUCGGAUUAGCUUUCCAACUUGUCGAUGAUUUGCUGGAUUUUAUAUGCUCGUCCGAGGCACUGGGAAAGCCGACGGCGGCUGAUUUGAAGCUGGGCCUGGCUACUGCGCCAGUACUUUUCGCUUGCGAACGAUAUCCCGAGUUGAACCCAAUGAUAAUGCGUCGUUUUCAAGAGCCAGGUGACGUCGAGAAGGCCUUCGAGCUCGUCCACAAGUCUCAAGGACUGGAACAGACCAAGUUCUUGGCGAAAAAGCAUUGUGUAGAAGCAAUCAGGCUUGCCCAGACUUUAGCCGACAGCCCUUACUCUAAAGGCUUGGUCGUGGUCAGUGAUCUGGUUAUAAACCGUACCAAGUAAUCAACGUUUCAUACCGAUAAAAGACAGCAUUCAACGUACUAUCUGAACAUGAAAAUAAAACGACCAAGUUCUGUUGGAGGCAAAGAUCAACAACAAAACGUAAUGUAGGAAAUAGCCGCUUGAAACACGCAAACAUAUUGGAAAAUGCUAGAGAAAGACUUUUAAUGAGAAUGGGAGAGUGUACAUGAAAAGUUGAUUGAUCGAAAUGGACAAAGAUCAUUUUAUUAAUGAAAAGCAAUAAAGACAUUCAAAACACCGAUAAUAGGAUCCUAAGAAACAAUACUAAAACUGAAAAUUAAGACCGUACAAUUAUACAUAAUUACGUAUGACGAUCACAACAGUAAAGUAUCAAUGGACAAAGUGCCUAGAUUAAAUACAACACUGUAAAUAUCAAACAAGUUCAGACUCAUAGAAUAUAUGCUAACCAUACAUGUGUUAACACGCGAGCACAAUUUUCAUUUAUCAAAUUGUCACGUGUGCUCUCUGUAAAUGGAUUUGCUCAAUCGCUUACUUUCAUAUGAAAACACCGAUUGCAUGUGAAAUUAAGUUAAAGAAAAUUUAUGCAGGAGGCAUAUUAAAACAAACUCACAAGUCUAUUACGUGCUUGGCAAGCAUCCGUUCAUAAUAUUUACAAUUACAGACAUUAAUUAAUUCAUUAGCUAGAACCUUAAGGAUUUCUCAGAAAGAUCAUGAAGGACUUGGGAAAAUACAUUACAUUAUUAGUUGUAUGCGUUGAAGCCAGUUAAUUUUCCAUAACGUACACCAUUCUUACUAUUUUUUAUUUAUUCAUCUUGUUCUCGUUUUUAUUUUACUUUCAAAAAUGUGUUUUCUCAAGUGUUUCGAGGCUCGACAUUUAUACUCUAAGAUAUCUGUCGUAAGGUCUGUUUUAAAAAUAGAAAUUAAUUGAUUUUGUAAUAUAAAAUAAUGUCAUAAAGUUAUAUAUGUAUAAUGUUAUUGUUUAACUACAUUAUUACAAAUCAAUCGUAAAAUUAAUGAUCAAUAUGUUUAGCGUUAAGAAAUAACUUAUAUGUUUUCAUAUGGAUUUAAUGUAUAUACCUGAGAAAAUGUUGUCUGUGGUUAUACGAGCAGUUCCAAUGAUAUAAUGCCUUAAUUCGGCACGAAACCCCAUAAUCAAUAAAGCAGUUUUAUUUUUUACUGAUGUCAACAUUUCUAUGAGCAACAAAAUAGUAUUAGGAGCAUGCGUGGCAGUAGGAAUGAAGAAUUUAAGUGCGUGCAUUCUAAACGUUUAGUAAAAACAUUCGAACAUAACGCCGAAUUAUGCCGAAUUAUGGCACAUUUUUUGUGGAAUUGCUCAUAUAUUUACUUACUUUUCAGUACAGUAUAUAAAUAUGGUUUUGAUUAUAAAAAUGCAGUAUGAAACAUCAACACACAACUUCAGUUGAAUCAUGCUAGCACAUGAAUUUUAAAAGGUACUACAUUUUUAUGAGAUACCUGUUGAUUGUUAUGCACAGCGCGUACAAAUCUGAUUCACUUUCAAGCUUCAUUGAAUGAAGUUUCAAAUUCAUACCAAUUACUUUUUGAAAACGAUGCAGGUAAAAAAUUUUGUUGGCGAUUGUACAAGUCUGUAAAUAUUAGAUAGAUUAUAAAUAUUUUGCAAAGGACUGUUUCGCAGUCGCAAAUUAAUGGUGUGGGUGACCUGACUCAACGACUUUUACUAGUACGAAAGAUUAUUACUUUAUAAUAAUAAACGGUGACAAAAUUUUAUUCGAUAAAGUCAUUGUUAUACAUUGUAUGUAAAUUAAUCUCUUUUUAAU